AUGAGACAGUUUUUUUUUUUUUUUUCUGAUUGUGGUGGGGAAUCACUUCUACCACAAAAGGCAGAGGAUAGAAGUAUUAUAAGAGAUGAAUUACAUGCCAUUCUCUUCUCUUUCCUACCUUCUAUCCAUCAUUAUUCAUCCUCGAUCUCUCGACAACCAAAAACACUCAAAAUUUACAGCAUGGAAAUUGUUGCUUCAUCUGUUAGUUCAAUUUCUGAAAUUAUUUUCAGCCGCUUGUUCGAUGCAGCAGGCCGCCAGAUUGGCUACCUGCUUAACUACAAUGACAACAUCGAAGCAUUACGAAAUCAAGCUCAGCAACUCAAGGCUACCAGAGACAGCAUGCAAUUGAAAAUUGAUGCUGCUGAAAGAAACAGAGGAAUUAUCUUACCUGAUGUCCAAAGCUGGAUAUCUGAAGUUGAUGAUGUCUCUGCAGAAGCAGAAAAGUUUUUUGAAGAUGAAGGCAACGUGAACAAGAUGUGCUUCAAAGGGUGGUGCAUUAAUGUCCGAUCGCGUUACCGGUUCAGCAAGGUGGCAAAGCAGAAGAUAACGGUGAUCACUCAGCUCCGAGAAGAUGGAAAAUUUCAAACUCUGUCUCAGCCUGCUCCUCCUCCUUCAAGCAUUAUCAUUCCAACUGUUGGAUUUUCUGGAAUUUUUGAAUCCAGAGAAUCAAUCAAGAAUGAAAUUAUGGAGGCCUUGAAAGAUGACAAGGUCAGCAUAAUUGGAAUAUGUGGGAUGGGGGGUGUGGGUAAGACCACACUGGUGAAACAAGUUGGCAAACAAACUGAGGAAGAGAAGUUGUAUGAUUCAGUAGUUUUUGUAGUUGUGUCUCAAACCCCAAAUAUCAUGGAAAUUCAAAAAGCAAUUGCUUACAAGCUAGAUCUGAAAUCAUUGUCGGAUAUUCCUGAAUCAGCACGAGCAAGUUCCUUGUGGCAGAGAAUUAAGCAGGAGAAACGAAUUCUCAUGAUAUUGGAUGAUGUUUGGGGAGAAAUUGAAUUGGCCGAGAUUGGUAUUCCUUUUGGGAAGGAUCACGGAGGUUGUAAGAUUGUGCUUACCUCUCGAAGUGAAAAUGUGUGCGAUGAAAUGGAUUGUGACAAAACAUAUAUAGUCAAAACUUUAUCAGAACAGGAAUCGUGGGAGAUAUUCAAGGAGCACGUUGGAAUGGAUGUUGAAAAUUCUAUCAGAAGCUCAAUCGCAAAAGAUGUAGUUGCUGAAUGUAAUGGCUUGCCACUUGCAAUUGUGACAAUAGCAAAGACAUUAAAGAACAAAAAUGAGCAUGUGUGGAAAGAUGUAGCACGACAACUAAAAAUGUCUGCUUAUACAGAUAUCCCAGGGAUGCAAAGAAGUGUGAUUUCAUCUUUAGAGUUGAGCAUCAAAUAUCUAGAAAGCGAUGAUGCAAAAUCAUUGUUCUUCUUUUGUAGCGUGUUUUCAGAGGAUUUUGAAAUCCCAAUUGAAGUUUUAGUUACAUAUGGAGUGGCUUUGAGGUGGUUCAAAAAUGUUGAGACAAUGAAGGAUGUUAGGCACAGAGUUCACGCUAUUGAGAAAAUCGCAAGGGAACAACUAAAUGAAGAAGAAGAAGAAGAAGAAGAAGAAGAAGAAAAAGUGAACACCUAACUGAGACAAUGACAAGAUUGAUGGAAAGCUAGUAGCGAGACAUGUUUCAUAAGCUUGUUGAAUCAAGGCACUGAAAUUCCCUCACUCUAAGGUCUACUUACUGAUAAAAGAGAAGGAAAGUCCUGAGUUCAACCUCUGUCACUCUUGUGAAAAUUUUUAAUUAAUUACUUAAUUAAAAAAAAAAAAAAAGAAGGGAAGCAAUUCUACAGGGGAAAUCAACGAUAAUUUUACAAGUAUAGAGGGCUUUUGAUGAUUUUAUUCAAAGUGAGGGUGCGCGUGGCCGGAUCUGGGAUUUUUUUAAUAUUAUAAAUUUGUUGUAACCGAAAUGGUAGUUUUACCUUUAUUUUUUCACGAACUGAUCCCUACAAUCACCUUUACUUUUUACUUAAAGGCGAAGGAAGAUCUUCCUGUUAAAAUCAACGGCCUUAGGCUUCCCGUCGAUACCAUCUGCCGCAACCCUAAAGGCUUUGAGUUCGACAAAGAAGUGUGCUCAUGGCAGUGAAAAUGCAGGGGAGUACAGGGCAUGGAAUUGUAGCAGAAAAGGAAAAGCAGACAAGCUGAAGAGGUUUUAGGUGGGCAAUUUCAGUGUGGCAAGGUUGCAUGCUGAUGGAAACUUAGCAGAUGAGACACUUGGCAUAUGCUCGUUUAAUUAAGGGGAAAACAAGCUUGAAAACAGAAGAAAUGAUCAUGAACAAGAAAGGAGGAAAGGCGGAUGUUUGCAUCAACAGAGAGGAUGGUGUUCCUAGCUUAAAUAAGAUCAAACUCACUUUGUUUCAGAAGAGGAUUUACCCACAGUUCUCUAUUUCUACAACUGGGUUAAGAAUCUGUCUGCUGGA